CUAGAGGCGGUCAUUCCGUAUUUCAAUUGCCGUGGGUUGGUUGGAUUGCAUGAGUACGAAGUUUUUUCAUAUAUAAGUCAUGUUAUGCUACAUAAAAAAGCACGAAAUAAAUGCCAAAACCAUUAAUUUAGCGUUCUCUGUUUUGUAGUGUACACGUUGGCUCUGUUGUUGCUUUGUAAUUUGAUCUUUGAUCCCAACAACUGUAGUAAAGCUCAACGAAAUGUCAAGUCACAGUGCUUCAUGCUCAAGUGACAUUUCAGUCGACCUAACCGAUGCCUUUCGAAGUAUGAUACUGAACAAGCGUUUCGUCUUGUGGGAUGAUUUUGAAAGCGCCUUAAAAGAGUUCCAAAAAGUAUGGAAUUAUAAUUUUAUCGCUUCUCAGACUACUUAUACUCGUUACAUCCACACAGAAAGCAGAUUGCUGAAGGAUGUGAGGUUCAAAAACCUGUUUGUAUCGUUUAAUUGUACGUUUGGUCAUAAGAGGAAAUCGGAAGGUUUGAAAAUGAGGCAAAAAUCGUCUAAAUUUCGUGUAAGACUAGAGGAGCAAGGAUAUGUCAUCAAAUCCUACAACAUGCUCCACAAUCAUCCAUGUAGUAGUUCAUGGAUGGUAUGUGAUCCAUUGACAAGGAGAUUAUCGUCAGAAGAAAAAGAGAACUUGAAGCCCGUAAUACUUCACUGUGAGUCAGCAGAUGAAGUUAUCGAAGAUCAAGUGAUAGCCGCAAGAUCUUAUAAAUAUAAUGCUCCACAGCGUCUUACACCCCUGCUAAACAUUUUGACCCCAUUCGCUAGAUCAAAAUUGUUAUACGAACUUAAACAAAUGCGUUUUGUCUACAUGGAAUAUGAAAGCGGUGAUUGGUUGUUUAUGGUUGAUCGCGGACAACAUUAUGAAGUUGAUAUAAGCAUUUGUCAAUGCAAUUGUAGCACGUUUAUGAUGUGCCGAUAUCCCUGCCGUCACAUGCUACUUGCCUGCGUUAAAAGACGAAAUCUUACAGGUAAGCUAUAUCAAUUAUGAAGUACUAACUGCAUAGCUCAUCAACUUCUUAGGUAUUGUAGCAGAUGGAAGUUACAUAAUACCCAGAACUUCCAAAAUUAUACAUUAACUGCAUUAACACGACGGAGUGAAGUGUAUAUAAGUAUUCAACGAAGUCAAAGAAUCCAUAAGCAACGCAUCAUUGAGAAGUAUGGUGAACGUUUUGCAACGGAAGUUGAGAAGAAGGUGGACAAUUAUUACUUAAGAAUUCUUAAUACCAACUUGUAAACUUGAUUUUCUGCUUUAGCAGCAAUGAUUAUUCAAUAAACUGUCAUAAU